AUGUUGGAUCUCUACGAAGUGGUAACAUUUGACAAUCCCGACGGAGGUGUGUGGAAGCAAGGCUGGGACGUCACCUACGACCAAGACAAAGUUGCGCGUGAGAAGAAACUUGAGGUUGUGGUUGUACCACACUCCCAUUGUGAUCCUGGCUGGAUCAAGACGUUUGAACAGUAUUAUCUGUCGCAGACUAAGAAAAUCCUAGAUGAGAUGUACCACAGCUUGACUCAAGAGGAAUUUAGCGAUAUGCGUUUCAUCUACGCUGAAAUGUCUUUCUUCGAGCUUUGGUGGAAAGAUCAAACUGAAGAAAUAAGAGAAAAAGUUAGACAGUUACUAAGAAGCGGAAAAUUUGAGAUCGUCACAGGCGGUUGGGUAAUGACUGAUGAGGCUAAUGCGCAUUACUUUUCCAUUAUCACUGAGCUUUUCGAAGGUCAUGAAUUUAUCAAAAAUCAUAUUGGAGAUUUCCGUCCAACAAGCCAUUGGUCAAUAGAUCCUUUCGGUUUGUCGCCGUCAUUACCAUAUCUUAUGACAGCAGCUAAUAUCACGAACGCGGCCAUCCAGAGGUAAGU